UUCGCAGCUGACACAAACAACGCGAUUUUCAAAUUGUGACAUCGACUGUCAAACGAAGCAAACUACACAACCAUGGCAUCUCGAACGAACAGGAGUGCGCCGGCCAUCGGCAUCGACUUGGGUACCACGCACUCCUGCGUCGGUGUGUUCCAGCACGGUCGAGUCGAAAUCAUCGCCAACGAGCAGGGCAACCGAACGACGCCAAGUUACGUCGCCUUCACCGACACCGAGCGACUCACCGGAGACGCAGCGAUGGCCCAGACUGCGCGGAACACGGAGAAGACAGUGUUCGAUGUCAAAAGGCUCAUUGGACGAAAGUUCGGUGAUCCUAAGAUCCAGGAUGAUCUCAAGCACUGGCCCUUCAAGGUGGAGAACGACGCUGGCAAGCCCAAGAUCAGCGUGGAGCUCAAGGGAGAGCGGAAGAGGUUCCACCCGGAGGAGAUCACUGCCAUGGUGCUGGCCAAGAUGAAGGAAACUGCGGAGGCCUUCCUUGGUCGGAAGGUCAGCGACGCUGUGGUCACGGUGCCUGCUUGCUUCAACAAUUCUCAGAGGCAGGCUACGAAAGACGCCGGAGUUAUCGCUGGUCUCAAUGUGCUCCGGAUCAUCAACGAGCCCACCGCAGCUGCACUGGCCUACGGACUCGACAAGAACCUCAAGGGAGAGAAGAACGUCCUCAUCUUCGAUCUGGGGGGAGGAACUUUCGAUGUGUCUGUGCUGACCAUCGACGAAGGCUCCAUGUUCGAAGUCCGAUCAACCGCUGGAGACACACAUUUGGGAGGUGAAGACUUCGACAACCGGCUUGUCACCUACUUCUGCGAAGAGUUCAAGCUUAAACACCGCAAGGACCUCAGAUGCAACGCCCGUGCACUGCGGAGACUUAGGACAGCCUGCGAGCGAGCCAAGAGGACUCUUUCUAGCUCUUCCGAGGCAAUCAUCGACAUCGAGGCUUUGUUUGAAGGCGUGGACUUCCACAGCAAGAUCACCAGGGCCCGGUUCGAAGAGCUGUGCAUGGAUCUGUUCCGAAGCACCCUGGAGCCUGUGGAACGUGCUCUGCGGGACGCCAAGUUGGACAAAUCGGAGAUCCACGACGUAGUCCUCGUUGGUGGCUCGACGCGGAUCCCCAAGGUGCAGAAGUUGCUGAGAGACUACUUCAACGGCAAGGAGCUUUCGAUGGGCAUCAACCCGGACGAAGCAGUGGCCUAUGGCGCCGCCGUGCAGGCUGCGAUUGUAAGCAGAGAUGCCAGUGAGGUCAUCCAAAACGUGCUCCUCCUGGACGUGGCUACCUUGUCACUGGGCAUCGAGACCGCUGGAGGCGUCAUGAGAAACAUCGUGAAUCGCAACUCCCGAAUUCCUUGCGAGACGUCGCAGACGUUUGCAACGUCCGCGGACAACCAGCCGACCGUCACGAUUCAGGUGUUCGAGGGUGAACGCGCCAUGACCAAGGACAACCACCUGCUGGGAACCUUCAACCUGAGCGGCAUCCCUCCUGCGCCACGGGGUGUGCCCAAGAUCGAAGUGACAUUCGACGUGAACGCCAACGGCAUUUUACACGUCUCGGCCAAGGACGAAAGUACGGGUCGGCAAUUCGGCAUCAGCAACGACAAGGGCCGUCUGUCCAAGGAGGACAUUGACCGUAUGCAGGCCUAUCUGGAGAUGUUCAAGCGCGUGGACGAACUCCGGAGGGAAAGGGUGACCGCCCGGAACGGACUGGAGUCUUAUGUGUACGGCGUCAAGCAGGCUGCAGAGGAGGCGGGAGACAGACUCUCUCCUUCGGACAAGCAGAGUGUCCUGGACAAGUGCAAGGACACCAUAUCCUGGAUCGACUCCAACACUCUGGCCAAGAAGGAAGAGUGCGAGCACAGGCUGAAGGAGCUGCAGCAGCACUGUUCACCCAUCAUGAGCAAGCUGCACCAGGGCACGAAGCGGAGUGCGCCCAGUCAUGGAGGAUCACGAUUGAACAAGUUUCAAAGGGUAUGAAGCGCCGAAAAAACACGGACCAAGACACGGAGAAAACGACACAAGGUGCACUCUCAACUGAAGUUUAUUCGAAAAAAUACACGCUAUUAUUGUCAACGGGAACGCUCAGUCAUCAAUCAAUCCCUGCCCAGCUGACGUUUCAGAUACUAAUACUCAUCCGUAGAUAGGGCCAAAGACGUUUCGCUGACGCACUUGUUUCCCCUAGCCCUAAUGUCCAAAGCCUCGUCUAGUUCGCGUGACAUGUUGUCUUUGUAUUUUGCCAAAAGUUUUGUGCUGUUGUAUGACGGGGUGCCAACUGGGCCCGUCUAAACCCAUCUAAACACAUUAUUGAAGAAGUCGCCUGAACGCUGUGUGUCUUGAAGGUGUCUUGAAAUGAAUGAGUGUCGUCUUCUGUACAUAUUUAUUUUUGUGCAUUUAUAUUUUUAAAUUGAACUUUUGAAAUCUCUGAAAUCAGUUUUUUGCAUAUCUGCACUGUGGGCUGCUGAGUAUAUCCCAUGCUGGGAAUCCUAGUCUUGCUCUUAUUUAUGUAAAAGCUACAAGUAUCUACAUUUGUAGUUUAUAGAAACGUAGCAAUGACUUCUAUGUUUUAUGUAGCUCCGCCAGAAUUAUCUGUCUCGAAGAUGAGGGAUCGGCGAAUAAUUUUAUCUCAACAAAUGCAUUUGAUGAUGGCAUUUUUUAUUUAUUUAAAGGGCACUGCGACUCAAAUUGCCAAUAGCAGGUGUAGGAGCAUAAAAAAAAAACAGUUUGUUUUAUUAAAUCGUAUAAAACAAAACAUCAUGGCUCAGUUUGAAUAGUUUUAAUGCUAUGGGGGUAUAAUUGAUUCAGCAACCGGUAGUUGAAAAUUUUGAUAUAUCUCACUGUUUGUAAUAAACAUUUUACCUACA